AUGGCAGAGGAGGACUCACACACAGCCGUUAAAGCUGUUGACAACAGCGAGCAUUCUUCUAUAUCGAGUGAGCAUCCUUCCAAAGGCGACGAUGAAGCGAUCGUAGAAGCGGGAGAUAACCCAGACUCCGUGGAAUCUGACUCUGUCGAAGAGACACUGGCUUCCAAAGAGCAAAAGCCAUACCCUCCCUCGUCGCAACAACAACACCAGCAGGCGGCCCAUGGCGACGAGGACUCGAAGGAAGAAAACUUGGAAGAGGGGGAACCAGACUACGGAGACCUGGAAGAAUUUCCUGCCGAUCCCGGUUUGUGA